AGAACGCAGCGAAGUCUGCUGGUGGAAUGCAGCAGGGUCGCAAACGCGUACCACAGGCAUUGUUAGACUUUGAUGCCUCGCGAGUAGUUGCAUUUGGACCUGGGGAUGCAAAGCAAAGCGCCUCUAAAGGAGGGAUGAAACUAAAAGGAUUCGCAGCUCAUCGACAAGUCUGGAAUUUGGACGCUUUGCGGCCGUUGUCUUUCUCUGAUUGGAUCGUGUCUCUGUUUUACGAGAUCGAAAUUGUGCCUGCAAGGAAAACCGCGAGUAGUGCAAGGAAUGAUGUCGUCGAGGCAGAAGAGCCUGGACAAAAACAACAACUAGCAGACAGAAUUUUCCAUUGGCUUGUACUGUCGAGGGAGGAAAUCGAUUAUGACCUUUUUCCGUUUGAUUUUUACACAAGAGACGAGGUAGGAAGACGCGGCUCAUCUACUACGGAUACUGAGCCGGCGCUUGGUUUUGCGUGGGAUGCUCAGGGAGACUUGGUCUCGAUCGGUACGGUUGGAGCAUUGUCACCGAGUCAACCUGAGGAGCAACUGACGCGAGACACUAGGCGAAACGCUUACUCU